UUCGCUAGUUUUUUCCGGUGGAGGGCAUAAACAACUUUGUUAAAUAGAUAGCUCGCAAACAUUUGUGAAUGAAAACUAUUCAUGGCAGUUUACCGAACACUGGCAGUGAAUGGUUCUACUAACGGUGAAUUGAUUCAACGCAAAAUAUUCGCCUAAAACUCAGGUAGCGAGCAUUUUCCCACAGAUACAACGGUAAGCGGUUCCGGCUUGUAUCAUGGCCAAUCGUACUGUAAAGGAUGCAAAGAACGUUCAUGGCACGAAUCCGCAAUAUUUGAUCGAGAAGAUUAUACGCUCCCGUAUAUACGAUUCCAAAUACUGGAAGGAGCAAUGUUUUGCACUGACCGCAGAACUGCUAGUGGACAAAGCCAUGGAGCUACGGUUUGUCGGCGGUGUGUUCGGAGGCAACAUUAAGCCAACGCCAUUCCUGUGUCUGACGCUAAAGAUGCUUCAAAUCCAGCCAGAAAAGGACAUAGUGGUGGAGUUUAUUAAGAACGAAGAGUUUAAAUAUGUCCGCGCGCUGGGUGCAUUCUAUUUGCGACUCACGGGAUCCUCGCUUGACUGCUACAAGUACCUGGAACCGCUCUAUAACGACAAUCGAAAGUUGCGAAAACAGAACCGGAUGGGUGCGUACGAGCUGGUCCACAUGGACGAAUUUAUCGAUGAGCUGUUGAGAGACGAACGUGUGUGCGAUAUCAUUUUACCACGCAUUCAAAAGCGUCACGUCCUGGAGGAAAAUAAUGAGCUGGAGCCGAAAGUAUCCGCGCUGGAGGAUGAUCUGGAUGAGGAGAUGCCCAGCGAAGAUGAAGCGGUAGAGGAGACACCUGCGCUACAGCCGAUCAAGGAGAAAAAGAUUGAAGUGUCCAAAGCUAAGGGUGGCAACAAACGGAUAGAGCGCUCCGUUUCUCGCGAGCGUCAACCGCUCGAACGGUAUCGUAACUACGAUACCGGUAAUUAUCGUGAUCGUGAAAACGAUCGAGACAAAGAUCGGGAACGAGAACGCGAUCGGGAAAGGGAUUGGGAUCGCGAUCGAGACCGGCACAGGGAGGUGGAUCGUCGCGAUCGUCGAGAUCCGUAUGGUGAACGCGACCGGCUUAAGGAGCGUGAACUUCGGGACAGGGAGCGCGAAAGACACCGGCGCCACGAACGUCAGGAGGAGCGAGAACGUGAACGACGCAGAGAGCGGGACCGAGACCGGGAUCGCGAACAUGAGGAAAGAUCUCGCGGCCAUGACCGUGAGCGUGAUUACGAUCGAGACCGGCGGAGGCGAUAGAAUGUGUCGAUGAAAUAUAGAAGAAACAGACGGUAACUAUUGCUGUAAA